AUGGUUGUUUUGUGAGAUAACGUAGAGCCAAGAUCCGCAUUAGGGAUUUAAAUAAGUAGUCUGUAUGGAGGUAAAUAUCUUAGAUAUGUCUUUUCAGUGACACAACAACUACUAACCCAUCAGUGACGUAACCAUCUAUUUCAGUUACAUUGCAGGACCUAAAAAACUCCUUGAAGAUGCCCCUAUUUGGUAGCACAUUUAGUCCGAAAAAGACUCCACCUCGCAAAUGUGCGUCUCUGUCCAGCCUUCACACGUUGGAUCACUCAACCAGGGAACUAGAACUAGGCCUUGAAUAUGGACCUCCUGUAAUGAAUAUUGCAGGUCAGAGUUGGAAAUUUGAAGAUGGACAAUGGAUAACAGAAUCAGGAGGGAAUGUGCCUACUAAAGAACUUCAGCGCCUCAGGAAAAGAAACGUACAGUUGGAGGAAGAAAACAACCUUCUGAAAAUGAAGAUUGAAAUUCUAAUGGAUAUGCUGACAGAGACAACUGUAGAAUUCCAUUUGAAGGAGAAAGAAAUGGAAACUAUGAUGCAUCAAAGGAAGAAAUAAAUUAUUAAAUCAGCUCUUUUGGUUUUAGAGUUUAACCUUAUUAUUUUGUUCUUUAUUUGUUUACUCAUACUUACAGUACAAAAAUUAAGGAAUUGAUAAUUCUUUAGUCUUCAAAACAUUUUCUGUUACUGUGCUAACUGCUUUUAUCACUUGUUUUUUUUUACUGACCUACUACUGCUACUUCUGGGUGGCAUUCCAUUUUGUAACAACUGUGUUUUCUAUUGAAAUUUAAAGUAAAAUUAAUUCAAGUGAAGAAAAUGCUUUUCUUGUUUUUUUUUUCAUCCCAACAAGUUGGUAUUAAGUUACAUAAAAAAUGAAUACCUAGAUAAAGCUUCUUAAACGCAAUAAAUGCUCUGAUGUCAUUUAAUGUAUAUAUUCAUUGUAAAUUUUUUGUCAUCUCUAGUUGCUAAUGAGAUAAGAAAUAUUGAUUUUCUGAUUUCUGAGAAAAAUAUUUUGACCCAUUCAAGAGCUUAGCACACAGUUUAGCUUGAGUUUAAUAAAUCACACUAAUGGAGAUAUUUUCAAAUAAGGAAUAAUUGGGCAACUAUAAUUAGGCAAUUACCAAGGGAGGAACAUUUUGUAUUUUGAACUACCUAAAAAAAAACUAUUUAGUUUCCAUCUUAUAUAAGAUGAUACCAGCUAAUGCAACUUCCAGCCACUGUGAAAAUGUUAUCUAGCAUCAGGAUCUAAACUGUACCACUGACAGGGGUGUUUGGCCCAGUUUUAGCUUGUUCACAAGGGAAAAUCUACAAGCUACAUAUUCUUGAGGAAAGCCUAUACACUACAUAUAAGAUAUUACAUCAGUAGUGUUUUACACUCUCUGCAUGAAACAGGUUUACUACCUUAUAUCAUGUGUUGGAGAAAAGAUAUUAAGGCUCUACUAUUCAUGCAAAUUGGGUCUGUCCACUAACUUUGCCUUUGUGGAAGGGUAAAUCAAUAUUUCAGGGUUGACUGUACCUGAAUCAAUCCAAGUGUGUCUGUUUGGAAAAGGAUCAUGUUUAUCUGCACUUACCUCAGCCCUAACAGGCUUUAUAUCAACCGCCAGAGUGUUACCUCAAUAGGAAAUGGAUUAACUCAAUGAUAGUGAAUGUGCCAUGUGUGUAGUCAAUUUACAUUACAGAAUUAUACUGGCUGCUCUGGAGGGACUUCUUGUUUUUUAAUAAGAGAGAAAAUGUGCAGUAAUAGCUAAACACUUCAUUAACA